AUGUCAGUUAGACUUGGUACAGGUUAUCCAACUUUCCAUUGGUGCAGGUUAGCUGUUUACCCACACAGCAUCUCUGGACCGAAAACACCCAUUGAUCUCCUCUGGGGGUUAUCCCAGCACCUCAAGAAACAACCGAAGAGUCCAAGCCGCAUUGUUUUCAUUGACUAUCCAUACAAUCAGGUGCCCCACGAACCUAUGUCAGCAACAGCGGAGGAGAUUGGAGUCUUGACAACCUCUAUUCCCCCAAACACCGCUCGGCGUCUAUUCAUCGAGAACAUCACUCCCAGUCUCAUCGACCAAGUCGGCCAGUCUUUGGAUGCUGACCCCUUAUUCUUUGCCGACUACGUCACGACAGACUUUCAGGAUCUUGAAAAGCAAACUCCUCCGCCCUCACUUGCUAUUUUGCCGUCCUUGAUAUCCGAGAAACCCUUUUUGCACCUGCACUACCAAAAAACAGACUCCAAUGUUCCUCGUAAUGUACCUCUUGCUCGUGCAACCUGUUCUAUAUUUUUCAAGGGCAUUGGAAAUUCCUGCAUUGGUCUUUUCCUGGUCGACAGGCUUAUCACGUGCGUACUCGAGGCACCUGGGACGAAAGAUGAACGUAGGCAUAACGCCAAAGCUAUGUAUUCGGGAUUUGAGGAUUUCCACCCUUCACAGCCAUUUUCCUGCUUUGCAAGUGGACAGGCGAAAAAGCCGUGGGAUAAAGUAUUCAUGCUGGGCAGCAUUGUUCACUAUUUCCUUACGCAACAGUCACUCGACCCGCCCAGUAUACUCAGCACAAGCUACUAUCCCAUCAGAAUUAUUCUCCGGUUUUCCAAGUACUAUGGAUAUUCACUGCGAGAUAUAACAACCCGAUUACACAACGAAGACAUUAAUGAAGAAACGUGGUUACUAGCUGAGAAGGAUAUCAAUUACCUUCAACGUCAGCUAGAGGACCAUGGCCGAUCACUUGAGCAACUGAUUACAAUCGCAACAUCUAUGGUCCAACUUCUCGACCCACCAAGAUCUGUCCUAGAGGCUGUCAGUGUUAGGCGCUUAACCUAUAUUGCGCUUGUGUCCAUACCGUUGGGUUGGGUUGCAAGCUUGCUCAGUAUGUCUGAAGGAUUCUUGCCUGGUGAUGAACACUUUUGAGUUUAUUUCGCAUUGGUAUUACCUCUAUUAAGCCUGGUUCUGUUACUGUCGGCUCUCCCGUAUAAAGUUAUUGGGGAAAAUUCAAGACUGAAGGCAAGUCUUUAGCCGCUCAGAAGACGACGGUGUGAUGUUAUUAUCGGGCUGCGUGCACGAAGAGGGCUGGCGACCACUCAUUUCCAAUAUAGCUCAGCGUCUUGCUAUACUUCUCCUCUGUCUUAUCGUUCUUCUCACUGUUCAAAUUAUGAUACUAUAACAUCAUUUUUCGAUUGCGACUUGCAUAAUAGAGAAACAAGCGCAUCCAUUUUCCCUUAGUGCAGGUUAGUCCACUUACUCUUGAUACGUUCGAGGCAAUUGACUUUGAAUGAAUCUCAAUGCAGCUUUGAACGGUAUAUACGUGGCUUAAGUCGACAUCUAAUAGCCUCGAGACUUAUGUAUCUGCUAUCGGGAUUGGUCUCACUUGCCUAGUAUCAGUCCCAACUUGACUCUCAGCUCCAUGGC